AUGCAGCGCCACGCUUUGCGUUCGGUGUGCAGCCGGACAAGGCCAGAGCUCGAGCAGGCCUCGGACGCUCUCCGAAACUGCAUCCGCCAAUUCUCGACGACACAAUUGCAGGCCGCCAACCCUCCCAAUGGCCCCGGCAACCAGAACCGACCUGCCCCAGCCGGCGCUCCCAAGGUUCUCAACGUGAAGAGCCUGCCUCUCCGAGGAAGAGGAGGAUUCCGCGGACGUGGUGCACUCCGUGGACGAGGUGGAUUCACUGGAAGAGGAGGAUCUUCAGCUGGUGGCCCGCCUCGGUCAUCUUCGCCCGUUCGCGGAGGCGGUUUUCGUGGCAGAGGUAGAGGAGGUGCCCGAGGUCGAGGCCGGGGAGGCAAGAAGGAGGUUCGAAAGCGAGACGAUGACGACAAAGACAAGACGAGAGGUCGUGGUGAUCAGUACUCAACCAUGGACCCUGAUGAGCGACACUUUGACGACGCAAUGCGAUAUGGCACGCGAACCGAGUACACACCCUCGCUGACUCUCGAGUCUAUCGUCGAAUUUGCGCCCGCCGUGCCGGGCUCCGCCGCUGGAAACUCGGCCACCGUCCUCCAGAACCUCAGCGUCUUGGGCACGGCUGAUCACGUCGGUGCCCCGCAAGCUUUCCAAGCCCGCCACUACGCCUCCGAGGUCGAGACCGGCGGACUGCGCUUCUUUGCCGACGCCGAAGCCAAGAAGGCCGCCGAGAAGCACAUCCAGGAUAAGAUCCAGGCCGAGGGCGGAGAGUCCAAGGGCCCCGCCAUCUCGGACGCCGAGGAGGCGGUCCGCAAGGUCAUCACACAAAAGGCCGUCAGCGGGCAGCACGAGACGCCCAAGUUCGCGACCGAUCCCGUUGGCGUGUCCCGCUCGUGGCACCUCCGGGCUGAGACGUACACCACCAGCGACGUCAACGCUUUCGAGAAGAAGCUGACGUCGCUGCUGGUCAAGAAGGGAGGCAACGGGAAGCAAGCACGAGCUUAA